CACCACCAUCACCACCAUACCUUCGAUUGAAAAAUUGAAUAGCUACAGCAACUACAAACAACAGAACAUAACAGAACAUAACAAUGGAAUGAUACCCGUGAAAGACAGAGAAUGUCCCUCUGGACAAUCAGCCUCGUCACACAGAUCCUGUGUCUGGCGCUGGUAUCUGGGUUUGUCGCGCUACGGGGGGUUGUAGCGUGGAGGUUUAAGAAGGGGGUUGAUGUUGAGGAUGGGUUUUGUUUUGUAUCGUUGAUAUUCUUCGACGCAUACUGCAUAUUAAUUCUUUUUUAUAUAUUCAACAACGGCACCCAACCCCCCUCAACCCUCACUCCAUCACAAACAACCAUCGUGUACAAGUUAUUCUAUACGUUAACAAUAAUCUACGUCCCCAUGGUCCUCCUGGCAAAGCUCACCCUGCUCACCAUCCUCGCCCGCCUCUUCAUCGUCCGCCGAUCCCAAACCCUAACCGUGUACCUCACCAUCACGCUCACAACAAUCUACUACAUCAUCAUCUUCUUCAUCAAGAUCUUCAUCUGCAACCCUGUCUCGACAUUCUGGACGUCGCCCAACAACCCACAUAACCCUAAUUGUCUCUCCGAGGGGGGCGUGUUUCUUGCUGAUGCGGUGAUGAGCGUUAUCACAGACCUUGCUAUCUUACUACUGCCCAUCGGGUUGAUGUUUCCACUGAGACUGGGGGUGGUGAAGAAGGUGAAAGUGGGGGCUAUGCUGGGGUGUGGCGGGUUGGCUGUGGGAUUUAGUAUUUAUAGGGUUGUGCUGGUGGUUGGGGUUGGGGCUGCGGGGUUGGGGGAUAGUCAGGUUUAUGCGAGGAUACUGUUGUCUGGGAACGCGGAAGGAGGUUUCGGGCUCAUUUGUAGCUGUAUCCCUGCGCUGCAUAUCCUAGUCUCGAGGGUGAAGGCGAAGAUGAGGAAGGGGUCGAGGUCGAGGAGUACGACGACUGGGAAAGGGUCUUCUGCUAUUGCGUCUGGGGACGGGAGUGGGAGUGGUAGUGGUGGUGGGAAGAAGAGGGAUAGGGGUGUUUCGAGUAGUGGGGGCACUGCGGCGCCGAUUGUUAUUACGAGCUCGCCGGAGGAUGUGCUUCAUGAUCCUGGGGGGUUGCUUGCUUCGUGUGAUGAUGGUGAUGAUCAGGAUGGAGGGGAGGGGAGGGGUGAGAAGAAUGAUAGAAGGGAUGAUAGGGAGGAAGGCUGGGUGUAA